AUAGUUCGCAGAUAAACCCAGGGGUUGUUAUCUGUGAGCUAGUUCACAGAUAACAACACCUGGGUUUGUUUUUUUGUGAUCUAGUUUACAGCAACAUGAUUUGCAUGAAUGGAAACAUAGACACCCUAAGGUGCACUGCCUCAUGGGACGUAGAAUAAAACAGCUCCAGGAGGUAAAGUUCUCAGACCUCUGAAUCCUGAAGAUCUUUUGGAACAGUGCUUCCCACAUGUCGAACUCCACGGUUUGUUGUGCUUUUGAGUCCCCCAUCCUGGACCAAGUCCUCCCCCCUGUCCUUUUCAUAGAGUUCAUUUUCGGCCUCACGGGGAACAUUUUAGCCCUCUGCAUGUUUGCCUUCCACAUGGAGAGCUGGAAGCCCAACUCCAUCUACCUGGCACACUUGGCUGUAGCAGACUCCAUGGUGCUCUUCUGUUUGCCGUUCAGAGCCGACUACUACCGCAGGCACAAGGACUGGGUUCACGGGGAUACCUUCUGCCGCAUCCUGCUCUUCCUCCUUGCAGCCAACAGGGCAGCAGGUAUUUUCUUUCUCACAGCGGUGGCGGUGGACCGCUACCUGAAGAUCGUCCACCCGCUCAACCGUAUCAAUCGCAUGGACCUGAGGUAUGCUACGGGGGUGUCUGCAGGCAUGUGGGCAAUGAUAAUAGCCAUGACGGCUUACCUGCUUGGCUCACCACACUUCGACAAGUUCGGCAACCGCACCCAAUGCGAGAGCUUCAACAUAUGCAUGGGCAGCAACCCGCUUUCAAACUGGCACAAUGCUUUCUACGUGAUCCAGUUCUGUGUGCCCACAAUCAUAGUCGUCUUCUGUACAGCCUGCAUUACAUGGCAGCUGAAAAACAAGACGAUGGACACCACGGGCAAAAUCAAGAGGGCCGUUCAGUUCAUUUUCAUUGUUGCUAUGGUCUUCAUCAUUUGUUUCUUUCCGAGUACUGCCUCACGGGUCGCUGUUUGGAUAUUGAAGGUCUGGUACACAGAGUGUUCAGACUUCAGUGAGGCGAAUCUGGCUUUUUACACUUCAGUCUGCUUCACCUAUUUCAACAGCGUCCUCAACCCUCUGGUAUACUAUUUCUCCACUCCAGCAUUCAGUGGGACCUUAGAGAACCUUGUUUUGAAACUCAGAGGGAAGAAAACAGGCAGCAUUCUGACGACGGUAACGCAAGAUUAAAGUAAACUAAGAAAAAAAAAUGCGUGAAAAUGUGAUCAUGAAAUGCUAAACAAUUUCAUACAUCACUUAGGACAUAAUGUAUAUUCUUUUCCAGCUUUUCAGUUCUCUUAAAUAAUUACAGUUAAUAGCUCAAAGAAUAUAUUGUGCAAUAUUGUUUAUCACUUUGUUAGUAUGUAAUACAGUAAACAUUAACUAAAACAAUAAUAAUAAUAAUAAUAAUAAUACACAUAAAACUUGACUUUCCACAUUUAAUGUACGCUUCAGCAUGUUUAAGUUUGAGAACUGUAUAAAAUGUAUAAAAUGUAACAGUUUAACAUCAGGUAGUAAAUGAAGUUUUCUUUAUUCCUCUUCUCUCUUUAAGUUAUAUAAAAGCUGGUGUAUUCAUGCAGCACACAUAAAUAAACUUUUUUACUGUUUAUGUUUACUGUAAAGUAAUGAUGUAAUUUUCAGUCUUUAACUGGGCAAACUGAUUAACACAAUUACUAAAGCAAGAAAUUAGUAUGGAAAGCUUUGUUAUUAAAUAAAGUGUAUCAUAUAUACCACAGGAGAUUUAUACUCCGAGUGGCAAUCAUACUUGACUCCUCCCCUUUGUGUAAUAGGGUGACCGUUAUUCAUUUACACUCAGCUGCCAGGUUAUUUGCAUUUUAUAUGUAUAUACUCAUUGACUGGAGACCUCUUGCAUGGUGGAUCAUUCUGAGAGUGGUGUUUUGCCGCAGUACGAGUCUCAUGUACAAGAACCUUCCUGGGGUUUUUAACACACUGAUGUGUCUAGUGGGAACAGCUUGAGAACUUUACACCAAUCUCAAAUCUUCAGCCAGCAAGCAGUCCUGUUAGAAACAGACACUAAUGAAGAGCUUGAGGAUGAUUAACAAAGAUUGUGCAUAGUAACAGGUGCAAAAGCGCACAGGAUAUGUUUUAUUGGUGCGAUCAGGUAUACGGACGGCUGUCUAAAAGUAUGUUUCGACCCAUUUCAAAAAUGUAUUUAAAAAAUUACGCAUUUUGGAAAAAAACAAUGCACUUUCAGUCCAGUUCAACCACAUGAAGGCAGCUGGGUCUGGGAACCUCUGGUCUGCAUUCAUAUGCAUUUUUCAUUACUUUCUAGAUUGCUUUGUUCAGCUUGUAUUUUUAGACUCCAGUGCUUCAGGAUUCAUCAAAAAUACAGCAGGCUUUUUGUGCGGUUGUGUUCUGCAGCCCAGAUGAGUUCUUGUUAUAAGGAAGAAUGGAUGCAUAAGUAGUGAAAACGAUUCAAAUGAUAUCCAUUCAACCAACUGAAGAAAGUACUUACAUUGAAGUCUUUCUCAAGUCUUAUAAAUUAGUAUUCCAUAUAAUACUUCCACUAAGUCUAAAAAAAAAAAUAUUAAAAGCAAACUGUUUAAAAUUGCUCACAGUAUGUAGAAACUCCGUUGGCGCUUUUAAUCAUUAAGCACAAUCAGGGUCAUCUGAUCAUAUGAAAAUUUGCCAAGAAGAUGAUGUAUGAGGAACACACACUCCAAACCUGUGGUCUGAAAUGAAGAGGACAGUCCAUACGGACAAAUCAUAAAUGAGCUUAAAAAUUUUCUGCAAGGAGGAGUGGUCCAAG